GCUUAGUCAUCCAUCGACUAGAUAAAAGCAAUUCUGUAAUCAUGAAUAUUUUGAUUCACGGUGCCUCCGUGCUGGUCCUGGCGUCCGUGGUGUCCGCCGUCCCACAAGGAUACGGUUCCGGAGGCGAUGGCGGGCUGGGAGUCGAUCUCGGCGGCGCAGGAGGCCACGGCGGCAGCGGCGUUGGAGGCGGCAGCGUGCUUCCUUUCGUCUUUGUCGGCAAGGGUGUGCUUCCUGAAAGUGCCAUCGGUAGUGGUGCCUCUGGUGGCGCUGCUGGAGGAGUCGUUGGUGGGGAAUACAGCGCACCAAAUGUUGAUGCUGUGAGUAGCUUCGACGUUGGAGUUACUGGAGGCUUCGACGCUGGAGUUGUCGGAGGUGCUGCUGAUGUUGCCAUCGGCGAGGAAUACACCGCCCCGGCUGCAGUCCCUGAAGUCUCUCUUGUCAGCCCCCCUGGCAGCGAAUAUGCUGCACCACACUGAUUUUUUUGUGAUGGAUAAUAAACAAUAGAAAUAAUUAUUGAUCUGACAUUCUUA